AUGAGUGGUUAUAAACAGUAUGAUGACGUCGAACCAUAUAGACAAAGAAUUCGAGAUCUGGAAGCUUAAUUACAGAGAAUGGAUGUUAGAUUUAGCAACGUUUUGACACACAGUGGAAAGGCAGAUACAUAAUUUAAUAACGAUUUGCAUGUAGAAUUAGAGAAAACGACAAAAUAAAUGAUAUAGAAGAGAAGUGAAGCUGAGUUAUGGAAACAGAAAUAUGAACAAUAACUUUCUUAGACUAUGUAGAUGAGGAACAAUUACGAAUUGGAAUUGUAACAAUUAUCAAAGGAAGUUCAAAGAUUAUUGGAUAAGAUAGAUCAAUUUGAAUAUGAGAAACGAUUGAAUGAUAAGUAAUUAGUUAGAGAAACAUUACAAGACAAGGAUUUAGAGAUUGAUGAUUUGGUGAGUAAAUUGUAGAGGAUGAGAUCGGAACAUGAAAAUGAAUCAUAAAGACUUCUUAAUGAGAAUGACAAUCUGAGACAUAAGAUAAAUCAAAUUGAGUUGGAAAGAUAGAAAGAGUUAGAAUAAAUGAGAUUUAAGAUAGAGACAUUCCAUUCUUAGAAUUUGGACAACCUAAGAAAGACUCAUCAAAGUUAGAUUUCAGUUGUGGAAUCAGAGAUCGACAAAUUAAGAGGAUUAUUGGAAAUUAAAAAUAAUGAAAUUGAAACAUUGCUGUAAUAAAAUAUGAAAUUAAAGGCUUCUUAUGAAAAUUAGAUCAUUGAAUUAAACGCUUAAUUUGAUGGUUAGAAAUCUAAAUAUUAAAAACAAGAGAUCAUGCAUCGAGAUCAAUUAGCUCAAUUAUAACAGUAGUUGUUGGAUGAAUAAAAAUUUAGUUUGUAAUCUCUUAGUAAGAAUUACGAGCAAAGCAUUUUUACUUUGGAAAAAGAGAUUGCUACUUAUCAGAAGAAAAAUGAAAAUUAUUCAAAGGAAAUCUAAGAUUUGAUCACUGAAAAGACAUAAUUAAGAGAUAAUUAUGAGAGAUAAUUUGAAUUACUAAAAAAGGAUAAUGAGAUUUUGAAAUAGAGAUUGGCAUAACUUGAAUAAGCAAAAUUGAAGGAUCUACAAUAAGUUGAGUCAGAACUAUUGUAGACUAAACAAUCAUCAAUAGAAAUUGAAAAUGUUUAUAAGAAACAAGUAGUGAAGUUGGAGAAUGAAUUGUAAUUAUAAUCAGAAAAAGAGAUCGUAAAGAAUAAGGAAGUGGAAACUCAAAUCUAAUAGUUUAUUUUAAUAAAGUAGGCAUUGGAGGAAGAUCUAUAACAUUUGAGACAAUAAAACUAAACUUUAAAUGAAUAAAUUAAAGAAUUAGAAAAGAUAGCUUCAUUUGAAUAGGAAGAAUGGAAGGUCAAAUUGCAAUAAAAUGAAUACAUUUUGAAAGACAAAAUUCGAGGAUUAGAAAACAAGAUUGAGAUUAUGCAUUAGGAGUUGAGAAAACAAAAGGAAUUAACUGAUUCCCAGAUCAAAUAGAUACCAGAAAGAGAAUUCAAGGCUUUGAUUGAUGAAAUUGAAUAAUUGAAGACGAGAUUGGUUUUAUAGGAAAGAGAUAAACUGAAAGAAAGAGAAGACUUGAGAGGCAAACUUGAACAGUCACAUCAUUAUCAAAUAGAGAAUUUGAAGGCAGCCUUUAACACUUAGAUCAGAAUUCUUGAAUAGGAAAACAAGGAUUCCAAAAAUAUCAUUACACAAAAGGAGAAUACAAUUUAAGAACUAUUACACAAAUAUUAAAAUCUAGAAUCUGCAUAUAGUGGAUAAACAAUUGGACCUUAAGAAUAGGCAUCCAAAAAUAUAUAUUAAGCAUAUAUUCGCUCAUCAAAUCGACAGUCCUCAUUACGUAAAUAAUAAUGA